AAAUAAUAACAGUGCGAGAGCUUCCGCCGCUCUCUGGAAAGCUUCACCUCUCUGCCGAGUGCACGACUUGAAGAGCACGCACGUGUCAGCUGCGGCGCGUCUUCAAGUGCGUGCGCGCGUGAUGCCGGAUUGGGCUCGAUCCUUCCCGACCGAUGCCCGUCUUGCGUCUGGCUCUGCAGAAACUUCCGAGUGGCCUUGCAAGUGACGGUCUCCGCCGGAGUUCGGCCUUUGCAGCCAUGCUGAUGUAUGAUUACCCUCUGAAGACAGACAUGGAAACGUCCUUCUAUUCAUCGCUGGUGAAAAGCCCGGAGUCGUACGGAGUCAUCUUCUCCCAUCCGGCCCACCUCUACUGCCGCGGCCACGCGCAGGCCCUCACCCAGUCGCACGCGGGCUCCGGCGACCUGUCGAGCCAGCUGGAGCCUGUCGACCUGUCCCUAAGCAAGCGCUCCUCGUCCUCCUCCUCGUCCCCUCACUGCUCGUCCGCCUCUUCCCCGGCGUCGUCGCGCGGCACCCCGCCGUCGCCUUACGGCGCCGGCGGCCACGCCUCCCCGCGCCGCUCCCCCCAGCUGGCCCGGCGGCACCCCUCGCCGUCCGGCGCUCUCCCGCCGCCCGCCGCCUCGCUGUCGUACCCCGCCGUGGUGGCUCCUCUGAUGGGCGCGGGGUCGGGGGUCAUCCAGAGCUCGGGGGUCAUGGUGUCUCCGGUCAUGGUGCCUCUGUCGGUCCUGUACCCCUCCCCUCUCCACCUGCGUCAGCCCAUCAUGGUGAGCCCGCCUGUUACUGCGGACGAUGACCAUCAUCGUCACCAUCAUCAUCAUCAUCAUCGAAGCAGAGAGCACAGGACAGUUCAAUCUCCAAAAUCAUCAGACGGGCGAGGCGACGCCUUCGACGUGCACGAGCGAAUCAAAAGCGAGCCUCGUCCCGAACUCGUUCACGAGCGCCACGGCGGCCACGACAUGAAGUCGCCGGUCAUCAGGAUACCGCACGAAUACGAGGGCAACAACCCGUCCGUGAUCGUCCACUCGGCCGCUCAACAUCCUCUCGCCGCCGACUCUCCAGACUCGCUGAAGAAGAGAAGAAUCCACCGCUGCGAUUUCUCCGGCUGCAACAAAGUCUACACGAAGAGUUCGCACCUCAAAGCGCACCGCAGGACGCACACCGGUGAGAAGCCGUACAAGUGCAUGUGGGAAGGCUGCACGUGGAAGUUCGCCCGCUCGGACGAGCUCACGCGACACUUCCGCAAGCACACGGGCGUCAAACCUUUCCAGUGCCCCGACUGCGAGCGCAGCUUUUCUCGCUCCGACCACCUGGCCUUGCACAAGAAGCGCCACCUGCUGGUGUGAAUCUUCAGCACAGGACGAGUCCUGCCGCACGCAGGGUUCGACAUUGGACCGUUGACGCCUUCACCUCUUACUGCUACUCGUGCGAACCUCCUAAUAGUUGAGCGUAUUUCGUCUUCAGCGCAAUUGGGGAAUUUCUCUUUUCAAAGGGCUUGCGACGUCUCAGCUGGUUUGAGAGUGCUGCCCCCUUGUGGCCUAACAAAGAACCGCAUGUGGAUGGAAAACUGUUUGAGCUGUUACAGCAGGGGUGUCAAACUCAUUUUUUUGUCUCGGGCCGCAUUGUAGUUAUGAUUUCCCUCAGAGGGCCGUUAGAACAGUGAAAUGUUUCAUCACCAAAUCACAUUCUUACCAUUACACAACAAAUUGAGGGAUAAAUACUAUUGAAAUCAGAAGACAAGGACAAUAGUUUGUUCAAGUAUUGUUUAAGUUACUGUAGAAGAAGGGUUUGGUAACAGAAAAAUGCAAUUUCUCAACAUUAUUCUUUAUUAUUAUGACAAUUUGGAAAUUAGGUCCAGAUUUGAGCAAAAAUCACGGAAGUUGACGAGCAUGAUUUGCUUUCGCGGGCCACAUAAAAUGAUGUGGUGGGCCGCAUCUGGCCCCCGGGCCUUGAGUUUGACACCUAUGCUUUACAGGAUUCCAGAAUCCUUGAUAUCCAGCUUUAGGUCCAUUUACUAGCUCUGGCGCACUAGUAGAAAGACUAGGGUGCAGAAGUAGCACGACUGUGUCUUACAAGUAAGUUUUUUCACGACUAUAUCCCAUUUUUGGCCUACUAGUAUGAAAUUACACCUCAGUAGUAAACUACUUAGCUGCACUAGUAACAUUAAUGGGCCCAAUUAGUAGCCUCCUUAUCAAGGAUUCUAUUCAAUGUUCAAAUGGUUUCAUGGAAAGUCAAUUGAGGCAAUAAAAAAAGUCUUUUCUUUGCCACACUUUUUUUUUUUUUAAUGGCGCGUGUUUAUGUAAAGCCGUUUGAGUAUUUCAUCGAUAUUGGAUUAAGGUCCAUGUACUAGUAGACUCUUUGUCCUCACUCAUGAGCGGGACAAGUUUGGCAUACUAGCAGGACAACUUCAUGUUACUAGUCAAGCAAAACUGUGCACGAGCUGACAUCUGCAUGCAACCAGUACUACUAGUGAAGUGCUUGAUAUUAACUUGUAGAAUGUUAUAAUGCCACUAGUAGUACUAGUACUAGCAAGCAGUUGUCAACUAGUACUAGUAGCCAACUGGUCAUAAAUGCUAUCUAAUCCAAACAGUUUGAGAAUUUAUUUGAUAUCCUACUGGUGCACGUAGUUGUCUUACUAGUGAGGACAAUGAGCGUACGAACGAGUGCACGGACCCGCGUUAGCCGCAUACCAAAGAUUUGGAAUAAAUGUUGACAUCGCUUGCAUCCACAAAUGCGCCACGAACCAACUGUUGAUUGAAAGGAACCACGUUUGUUUCUUAAUUGCUGGCGAGGGCCAAUGAAAUGUGAACUUUUCCACAUUGUAUCACGUCACACAGCGUUAGCGGCGCACUUGUCGGCAGUGCGGCUAGCCGGGCUAAUGCUAAUCCUCAAAUUGAAACAGCGCACACCUCAUCUGCGUCGAAAAGCUGGAACGACGCGUUCGCUUAUGUGUCCACUUUGAACGGGACGCCACGCAGGCAAAAAAUGCACUUAAGGAAAUCGGGGUCAGAAAGUGGGACUUCCGAGUAUUUUGGAUGUUUUUAUUCAGAAAUGUGAACGUUGCUGCACGCGGGGCAUUAUUGUUUCAGUGAGGGCUUGCAUAAGGAUUGCAAAUUGCAGCAAAACGUCGCAUUUCUUCUAUCAAGCUGACACAGAAUCUCUCUGAUAUGCUAUCAUUCUUGGCGAGCGACUGGACGCGAAUCAUUUGCUUUCAAUAUUUCAAUGUAUGCAGACAGAAUGCCAAUCAAAUUUCCAUUAUUCAGCGACCCCUUCUUUACAGCCUCCGGAGAACCAAACAAAACAAAACUUGUUUGUGUCCAUGUCUCCAUGCAGUGUGCACUUUAUAGGUAAGAUUCAAAACAGCCUUUCCAAAGUUAUACAUUUAACCACAUAUAAACUAAACAGGCAAAUCUAGUGGCUCGACAGAUCAGCUUUUUCCUGUUUUUGCUUGUCAAGGUUUUGCAAAUAUAAGUUGUAAUAUAUAUUAUAUUCAUAUAUAUUUUAUAAUUAAUUGUUAGACUGAAAGGGCAAUUACAGGUUUUUAUUAAGCACGAUUUUGAUACUCAAUAAUGACAAAUAUAUACACAUUUCUGCAAUGUGUCUGCCAUUCAUGAACCUUAUCGCCUUUUAAUCUAUGUUGGUAAUUCAAAGGGAAUGUGUUAAACUGUGAACAUAACUGUACAGGUCUUGUCUGCAAUUUUGCAUUUAUUUUAAAACAAUAUUCAUACCACUUAAUAAACUUAUUGAUACUA